UUUUGGCUCUGGCAUUUAUAACUCUCUCUCUCUCUCUCUCUCUCUCUCUCUCUCUCUCUCUCACAGAAGGGUUUCUGAUCCUACCAACAAUCGGCAGAUUGGUGAGAGAUCCCUUUCUCUCCGCCAAAACCCUUUAGGUUGGACACCCAACAUCCCCUUUUGCCAUUCUGCAUCUUUCCUGAUCAUUCAAGAAGGGAAGUGUGGUUUUUGCCCCCUUGACCAUCGCCUGAGAUCGGGAGGAAACUGAUGCUAUGAAAGGGCGGCGAGAAGCGAUUUUGUCGAAAGGCCAGUCGAUUCGAGGGUCGAGAAUCUUCAUAGGUAUUGGAAUCGGCAUUCUCAUUGGCUCCUUCUUCGCCUUCUUUUACCCCAGUGGCUUCAUCCGUCGCCCACCACACAAUGAAGAACUGCUCGAUAUAUCCAAUUUUGAGGUCAGUUCGAUUAACUGUGCAACUCCAGAACAAAUUAGCUCGUUGGGCUCCGAGGUGAUUUCUUUGUCGAAGAAGAACGAGGAAUUGGAGCGACAGAUCAGGGAGUUGAACUUGACACUUCAGAUUGCAGAAAAGGCAAUGGAACUUGCUGAGGAACGAUUCCUUGCAUCGGGGAAGCAGCAGAAAGCCGGCAAUGUCGGUACUGUUAAGAGCGUGAGGACGAAUCCGACCAUUGUUGCGGAUCCGGCCGUCAAUCCGAGGCUGCAGAAGGUCCUUGAGGAAGUGGCUGUUAACAAAGAGAUUAUUGUUGCUGUUGCUAACAUCAAUGUUAAGGACAUGCUGGAGGUUUGGUUCGGGAGCAUCAAGCACGUGGGGAUCCCCAACUAUUUGGUUGUGGCGCUAGAUGAUGCCACUGUGAGCUUCUGCAAGCGAAAGGGUGUUCCAGUUUACAGGAGGAACCCAGAUGAAGGUGUCGAUUCUGUUGCCAAGAACGGAGACAACCAUGCAAUUUCAGGCUUGAAAUUUCGAAUUCUGAGGGAAUUCUUGCAGCUUGGCUACAGUGUUCUUCUCUCUGACGUUGACAUUGUCUAUCUGCAAAACCCAUUUGAUCAUCUAUACAGAGAUUGUGAUGUAGAAUCCAUGACCGAUGGCCAUGACAAUUCGACCGCCUAUGGGUAUAAUGAUGUUUCUGAUGAGCCUACAAUGGGGUGGGCUCGCUAUGCUCACACUAUGCGCAUAUGGGUUUACAACUCUGGUUUCUUCUACAUCAGACCUACCAUUCCAUCAAUUGAGCUUCUGGAUCGUGUUGCGCACAGGCUUGCUACAAAAAAGGGUCUGUGGGAUCAAGCAGUCUUCAAUGAGGAGCUCUGCUUCCCUUCUCACCCUGGAUAUGAUGGCCUCCAUGCAUCAAGGAGAACCAUGGAUUUCUAUAAAUUCAUGAACAGCAAAGUUUUGUUCAAGAGUGUCAGAAAGGACCCCAACUUGGCCAAGUUAAAGCCUGUGAUUGUUCAUAUAAACUAUCAUCCUGAUAAGCUUCCUAGAAUGAAAGCAGUUGUAGAGUAUUAUGUGGACGGGAAGCAAGAUGCAUUACGGAACUUUCCUGAUGGUUCUGACUGGUGAAAACUAUAAGACAGAUGGCGAAUGAAUUCUUGCUUGGGAAUCCUUAGCUCGACGAUCAUGUAGGGACGGAGAAUGUGGUAAGCUGAUUGCAUAGAAUGUAUUAAUUCAAUAUGGUUCUACAGCUGAAUUUCCAAAUCAGUUGUACUUCUCUUGAUUAAUCGGUGUACUAUAUUUUCUUCUUUUUCUGUGGAAAAUGAGUGCUCCUGGUACACCCUAAUUUGAUCCCAUUCUUUAUA